AUGCUACUGUUCAUGUCAUUGAUGAUAUUACUGCCAGAUGUGGUAUGCCAUAUUCCUGCUACUGCUAGCUGUGUGUUGGGCAACCCUAAUCUUCUUAAGCAUAAUUGUUAUCAUAGAGGAGACCUCAUCAUUGCUGGCAUUCUUUCUCAGUUCUACAUGAUUUCUGAUGCAGUGAAUUUUAGAAGGCAUCCAUCUGAAGAACUAGUUGAUGACCUCAUCAAUUUAAUGGCAAAAUGGACUUAUUUUGCUUCCCUGGAGCUGCUGUCCACACAGGGAAAAUUCAUCCCAAAUUAUAAGUGUGAUAUCCAGGAGAAGACAAUAUCUGUUAUUGCAGGACCUAAUGCAAACAUCUGCCCAUUUAUGUCAAAUAUUCUGAAUAUAUACAAGAUGCCACAACUCAUAUAUGGAUCAGCCCCAAUGAUAGACAACAGCGAACACACAGUUUUCUUUCACCGUUUUUUCCCAAAGGAGGAGCUUCAGACCAAGGGGAUUCUUCAGCUGCUUUUGCAUUUAAAAUGGAUAUGGAUAGGGCUGAUUUCCCAACGUGAUGAGAGUGGACAGAGGUUUGUACGGAAUGCCCUUACACUGUUUGCCCGGAAAGGUAUUUGCUUUGACUUCAUGCAAGAGUUGCCCAAAGAAACUUUUUCUAAUGACAUUGACACUGCAUUUAAAGAUUUUAUUGCCCUGUACAAGGUUGUCAUGAACAGCACGGCCAAUGUUGUGAUCCUCUACUGUGAAAACCAGGUCGUUGCCGUUUUCAGAAUAUUUCCCUAUCUUUCAGAAUAUGAGGAUAUACCGGUAAGGAGAAAAGACAAAGUUUGGAUCAUGCCAGCCCAAAUGGAGUUCACGUCAAUCCCUUUUCAGAAAAUACGGCCUUUGGACUUUAUGCAUGGUGCCGUAUCCUUUGCAGUUUCUUCCAAGGAGGUGACUGAGUUCAAAUCGUUCUUGCGAAUGAGAAGCCCCACUUCAGAAGAAGACGACCAUUUAACAAGAUUGUUCUGGGAACAGGCAUUUGAAUGUUCUUUCUUUAAAGAUAAGUUAGGUGAGGACGCUGGAAAGCUGUGUACUGGAGAAGAGAAGCUGGAGACUCUUCCCAAUUCUAUGUUUGAGACCACCAUGACUGGGCAGAGUUACAGCAUCUACAAUGCAAUCUAUGCUGUGGCACAUGCUUUGGAAGCCAUGCUUUUAUCCAAAUACAAACACAGAGCAAGGGUGGACCAUGGAAGCCUGAUGAUUCUCAAGGAAGAAACAUGGCAGCUCCAUCCUCACCUGAAAACAGUCUUAUUUAACAACAGUGUUGGGGAAAAAGUUUUCUUUAAUGAAAAGGGGGAAUUAGGAACUGGAUUCGAUAUCAUCAACUGGAUCACGUUCCCAAACCAAACUUUCCUUAAAAUCAAAGUUGGAAAGAUAGACCCAUUGGCUUCUCUUGAAGAGUCUUUCAGGAUUUCUGAAGGAAACAUCAUCUGGCCGACCAUGUUCAACCAGGCACUACCACUUUCUAUAUGCAAUGAAAAUUGUUAUCCAGGCUACUUCAAGAAAAAAAUAGAUGAGAAGCCAUUUUGCUGCUUUGAUUGUCUUCCUUGUGCAGAGGGGAAAAUUUCAAACAGAUUAGAUGCAGAUGACUGUUUCCAAUGUCCAGAAGAUCAAUACCCAAAUGAAGCUCACAAUCUUUGCAUUGAAAAACAGAUAACUUUCUUGUCUUACGAAGAACCCUUGGGAAUCACUUUGACCACGGUAGCUGUCUUGUUUUUUGUAACUUCGGCUUUGGUGCUGAGGAUCUUCAUUAAACAGUGGGAAACCCCCAUAGUCAAAGCCAACAACAGGAACCUCACCUACAUUCUUCUCAUUGCUCUCCAGCUAUCUUUCCUCUGCACUUUUCUUUUCAUUGGACAGCCCGAUCCAGUGAAAUGUCUCAUGCGACAAACUGCUUUUGGCAUUAUCUUCUCUGUAGCCAUGUCUUGCAUUUUGGGUAAAACAACCAUAGUGGUUCUUGCUUUCAUGGCCAUCAAACCAGGAUCCCAAAUAAAGAAAUGCGUGGGGAAAAGACUAGCCAACUCCAUUGUCCUUUCUUGCUCCCUGGUACAAGUCACAAUUUGUGUUGUGUGGUUGGCAAUUUGUCCCCCAUUUCCAGAUUCUAAUAUUCACUCAAUGGCUGAAGAAAUUGUACUAGAAUGUAAUGAAGGAUCAGCCAUCAUGUUUUAUACUGUCCUUGGCUUUAUGGGGUUCUUGACUGGUAUCAGUUUCACAGUAGCCUUCCUAGCUAGGAAUUUACCUGACAGCUUCAAUGAAGCCAAAUUCAUCACCUUCAGCAUGUUGGUCUUUUGCAGUGUUUGGGUAACAUUUGUUCCCACCUAUCUGAGCACCAAGGGAAAGUACAUGGUGGUGGUGGAGAUCUUCUCUAUUUUGGCUUCAGCAAUGGGAUUGCUUGGCUGUAUCUUUUUCCCAAAAUGCUAUAUUAUUCUUCUAAGACCUGAUUUAAAUAAAAAGGACAAACUUAUUAAAAAAAACCUAAAUUAUGUUUCCAAAUCUUAUAAAUUCUCUUCACUAUUUCAUAUGCAAAACUACCAGCACAUCUUGGCUUUGGAAUUUGCAAUCAAAGAAAUCAAUGAGGAUUCCAAGAUCCUGCCUAAUAUGACCCUCGGUAUCCAUAUGUCCAAUAGCUAUUGCCUGGCAAGAUGGAUCUAUCUGGCUACCUUGGAUCUUCUCUCUUCAAAGGGAAAUUUUAUCCCAAACUACAAGUGUGAUCUCAAGGACAAUGUGCUAGCUGUUCUUGCCGGACCUAAUGCUUUCAUUUGUCAGUCCAUGUCAAAUAUUCUGAGUAUAUACAAGAUUCCACAGCUCAUAUAUGGUUCACCUGUGGAGAUAGAUGACAACAUACAAGCUGCUUUCUUCCAUCAAUUAUUUCCAAAUGAAGAUCUCCAGAUUGCGGGACUGAUCCAAUUGUUGCUUCACUUCCAGUGGAAAUGGAUUGGGCUCAUUGUGCAAAACCCUGAAAAGGGGAAGAGGUUCAUACAGAAUAGACUUGAUAUAUUUUCUAAGAAAGGCAUCUGUUUUGAUUUCAUGGAAGAAAUGCCAAAGGAAUCUGUUGCCAACGAUGUUGAAGUUCAAGUUAAUGGCUAUGUUUUGCUGUAUCAGGCUAUUGUGAGAAGUACUGCCAAUGUUGUAAUCAUAUAUUGUGAAAAUGAGGACAUGACUGUUUUUAUAAUGUUGCCAUUUAUUUCAGAAUAUGACGACAUGCCAAUGAAGAGAAAAGAUAAAGUUUGGGUCAUGCCAGCACAGAUGGAAUUCACAUCAGUUCCCUUUCAAAGAUACAGGGGCCUGGAUUUCAUCCAUGGUGCACUAUCGUUGGCAGUUUCCUCAAAGGAAAUAUUAGGGUUUAAGAAAUUUAUUCAGAUGAGAAAGCCUUCUUCAGAAGAAGAGGACAGUUUGACAAGAGUGUUUUGGGAAUGUGCAUUUGAAUGUUUUUUCCCAAAUGCUGGGUUAGAUGAGGACAGUGACAAUCAAUGCACUGGUGAGGAGUCACUGGAGACCCUUCCUGAAUCUGUGCUUGAGUCUAGUAUAACUGGGCAAAGUUAUAGCAUUUACAAUGCUGUCUAUGCAGUGGUCCAUGCACUGCAAGCCAUGCUUUUAUCUAAGAGCAGAAAAAGAGGAACUGCUUGGGAACUCAGUCGACAGUCGUGGCAGUUUCAUUGGUAUCUGAAAGCUGUUUCAUUUAACAACAGUGCUGGAGAAAUGGUUUCCCUUGAUGAAAGAGGAGAGCUAGCAACUGGAUUUGAUGUUAUCAACUGGGUCACCUUCCACAACCAAUCAUUUUGUCGAAUCAAAAUUGGAAAGAUAACUCCGGUGGCUCCCUCUGAAAAUCUUCUUACUAUUUCUGCAGAGGAUAUAACAUGGCCCAGCAUGUUUAAUCAGGUAGUUUUGGCAUCAAACCAUGCUUUGGUGCUGCAUAUCUUCAUUAAACACCGAGACACUCCCAUUGUCAAAGCCAACAGUAGAAACCUCACCUACAUUCUUCUCAUUGCUCUCCUGUUCUCCUUCCUUUGCACUAUGAUUUCAUUGGGGAACCUGACCAAGUAA